UUGACUUUGAGAGACACAUAUUGAAGUUACUACUUUUGAAGUUAUUACUUCUGCUCCAGUAUGCACUGACCAUUUCAGUGCUUUCAAAUCUGUGCCAAGAUCGUCACUGUGUGACACUGUUAUUUAGAUAUCAAGAAAUUGGCACUAAGUCAAGUUCUACCACCGUGGCCGUCACAUGGCCUGAAGGAGCACUUUUUGAACACUCAGUAGAAACACCUCUUGUGAAGGCAGACGCUUUUAAACAACUUAGGCUGGAAUCACCGACUCGAUCUUUGAGCAUGGAUGCACCACGAGGCAUUAAUAUCAAAGCACAAGCUGGGAAUAUUGAGGCUCUUUCCCAGAUGGAUAUCAAACUACACAGCAGCGAUGGUGUGCUUUUGCUCGAUGCUGAAACUGUGCGCCUGCCCAAAUUGCCUGAGGGUACAAGGGGUGGAUCCGGUAUUUCUCAGGGGCUGUAUGAAAUCUGCGUGUGUCCGGACGGAAAGCUGUACUUGUCGGUGGCCGACGUGGGCUCCACUUGCCAAGAAUACAGCCGUGUCUGCCAGUGA